AUGGUGUCAGGAAAACACUUUGUCAAUGAUGUCACGCAUCCGGUCCGUCGUGCGCUCUGCAACGUUGCCCGCGGUGCCCCAGAUCUAUGCAUCCGUUUAGAAGAGCAAAUCGUAUACAGAAAGCUUCCGCACGGCCAUGAUAAGGUGAUUUUGCUCAGCGGUGGUGGUUCGGGGCACGAGCCCGCCCAUACUGGUUGUGUGGGAGAGGGAAUGCUCGAUGUUGCCGUGGCCGGCAACAUCUUUGCAUCUCCCUCUGCAUCUCAAGUUUUGAAGGGGCUGAGGGUGUUAGAAGCCCCUCGCGGAGCUUUGAUGAUCGUCAAAAACUACACGGGCGACAAGCUGAACUUUGGCUUGGCUGGUCAAAAGGCCAAGGCUCAAGGGCUCGAGAUUGAGACUGUCUUUGUAGGUGAUGACGUCUCGGUCAUGGGAGGUUCUGCUGUCGGCAGAAGAGGUCUUGCAGGCGUGCUAUUCGUGCACAAAAUCGCUGGCGCCGCCGCAAACAGAGGUGCGGAUCUAGCAGCGGUGGCGAAUAUUGCCAGGAAAGUUACCUGUCAAAUGGGUACUGCGGCGGUAAGUUUGGACAGGUGCAGCUUACUGAGGCGCGGCGCUCCCGAAUCGCUGCCGCACGAUGAGAUCGAAUUUGGAAUGGGUAUACACAAUGAGCCCGGCGUAAGACGAGAAAAGCUGCGUACCUUGGAUGUGACGGUAAACACCGUUUUAGACACAAUCCUAAAGCCACGAGCCGACACAUGGAUGCCGACACCAGGCCAGCCGGUGGCGGUUAUGGUGAACAACCUAGGUGGUCUAAGCAUCCUGGAACUAAGCGUGAUAGCAGAAGAAGUACGGCGCCAGCUAGAUGCGAGGGACAUCGAAGUGGCGCGUAGCAUGUCUGGAACGUUUGUCUCAUCCCUCGAUGGACCGGGAUUUUCCGUCACGCUGCUGGGACUUGACGAUGAGUUAAUGUCUCUACUAGAUGCUCCAACAGCUGCACCUGCAUGGCCAAGGACAAUGUCUUUCGGUUGGAAAGGCGAGUUGGAAUCACAAGAACAAACAGGCGCCAGUGAUAAAGAAAUUAUCUGUCCAAUCCGUCUCGGGCCAAAGGUUUCCAAGUCCAGAGUAAUGGACAUCAUCCACAGCAUCGAAAAACGGAUCAUUGAAGAUGAGCCUUGCAUAACAAAGUACGACUUGCUGGCCGGGGAUGGCGAUUGCGGAGAAACACUCCUCAAUGGAAUACAAGGGUUGGUUGCAAUCUCCAAAUCCUUGCCCAAUGAGACGGUCGAUCUGUCUUCGGUCUUUCGAGAGGCCGCCUCUGUAGCUGAAAAUAGCAUGGGCGGAACUUCAGGUGCAAUUUACGCCAUCUAUAUCAAUGCUGUAGCCAGCUCUUUGGAGAACAUGGAGAAAACGAUGGUUUCCCCUUCAGACACCUCCAUUUCCAAGUGCAUGGCAAUCGCUCUCCAGGGGGGAUUGGAGGAGCUCUAUAAAUAUACCCUGGCGCGGCAGGGACACAGGACGCUGAUGGACGCGUUGAUUCCUUUUGUGGAAACUUUCUGCAUGAGCCUGGAUUUCCGGGAAGCUACCCUAGCGGCACAAAAAGGCUGUGAAGAUACCAGGAUGAUGGAAGCCUCCCUGGGAAGAGCCAGCUACGUUGGAAGAGACCGUUUUGUGGAGAAUAGUGGCAUUCCCGAUCCCGGGGCUUUGGGGAUCGUCAGUAUUCUCAAAGGCAUACGGAGAGCACUUUAA